AUGAGUUUGGAAAAUACUCAUACGGUUGAGGAGGCUUCCAUAGGGGAGUUUUCUAUUUUAAAGUAUGUAAAGAGUGAGAUUUUAGUGAAUUUGUGGUUAACAGCAUACUUUGAGAAGAGAAUUAAAAAAAAACAAUUAAUGAGCAUUAAUAUAGAUGAAAGUGUUCAGGAGAUUAUUAAAAUCACAAACUCGGAAAAUGAAUGGGUUCCAUUGAGGAUUUCAUGUGGGUUAUUGUCAGGAGUGGUGAAACUUUUUUACCAUAAAGUUGAGUAUCUCGACAACAAAUGUACAACUAUAUUUACAAGAAUGCAAAAUUUUAGCAAAAACUUGCAUAGCAGUGCGAAUAAUUCGACCUCUAGUAAAGCCUUAAAUAAGGAAACAUCCAAUUCAAAAAUAGAUAGGCCUCAGAAUAGUAUGAGACAAGUCAAAAGUGUGAUAGAUAUUGAAGAAAUAAAUCGAACUCUGGAUAGUAUUAAUGAGGAUGUGAUCGAUCAGCUUGAAAUGGUUCCAUUGUCCCAAACAAGUGAACAGAGUGGAAAUCAGAACUUGGAGUUGAUAUUAAGCCAAAGAAGUGACCAUAAUUUGUGCCACAUGGAUUCAGCACCUAUCAUACUGGAUAUGGAAUUUGAUGAUUUCAUUAACAAUGAAGAGAAAGAAGAUGUGGAGAUGAUGAUAGAAGAUAGAGUGAUAGUUAACGAAGCAGGAGUGGAAAUUGAUUUGGAAGCGAGUAUAGAAAGACGUCGUGGUGCUAGUGUGGAUUUUGGUGAAAUAUUGGCAAAUGGGUUAGAAGAAAUUGGUUCAACUGAAAGAGGAAAACUUUUAGAAUAUGGUGGUCAAGAAGACUUGCUUGAUAUGGAUAGUCACCAAGAAUUUAGGGGAAGCAUUAACACUUUUAGAACUUCUUCUAUUUCUGGAUCGAACAGAGAAAGUAUUGGAGGGUUUUCAGCUGCCUUAGAUUUACUUCAAGAUUCGGAAAACAGAUUGAGUAUUUCAGCAGUUUCUGAAAAAAUUUUGGAUAAAAGCCCGAAAUCAGGUAGUAUCUCGGUUUUGACUAUUCCAGAAAUAUCAAGGUCAGUCAAGGUUAGUGAGGCUUAUUCUGGAAGAGCGAGAACAAAGAGGAUGAAAGUGAUUGACAUUGCUCAAGAUACUGUAACUUAUUCUAGACCUUUGGAAAAUGGGGAUGAAUCUCUAAAACUGGUUUUUUCUAAUAGCAAAUCUGAUAUUGAGAAGUUGAAAAAUAUAAUUUAUUUAAGCAAGAAUUCAGAAGUGGGUGUUUUGGGUCUUAGCAAAAUUCUACCAAUACGUCUUUCUGGUAGCUACCUUCAAAGAUUUACAAAUAAUGGAGAGUCUAAAGUUCGAAAUAUAAGAAAAAGAGUCAUCCAAAAAAGUAACAAAUCGUCGUUUGAAAUGGGAUUUGUUGAGAAAACACCAAAUUCUUUAAUGGAAAAUUGUUUUUCAUUUGAAAAUUCCGGAGAUCACAUUGGUCAGGAAAUUUUUGAAAAUUUUGGUUCUGAAGAGCAAAAUCCUAAUGAGGAAUUUGAAAUAAGAACUCCUGUGAGAAGGAAAAAUUCUCAAUCUCAUGAAAAUGAGAAGGACGAAUUAAUUUUCACUCCUUGGACAAAUUAUAUGGCUACUGAACAAAGAAAUAUUACAGAUAUAUCUCCGAAUGCCUACUAUGAUGACGAAAGGAAGAUCCGAUCACUAUUCUCAUCGAGGGAAGUAAAAACAAUGCAAUACUUGAAUUCAAAGUUUUUAAAGACUGACCGUUUAAGUUUUGAUGAUUUAGUUAUAGGCAGUGAUGCCUCAGUAGUAGCUCCCAUUUUUGUCCAAAUACUACAUUUAAAGUCAAAAUCUAUGAUAGAUAUCAAGCAGGAAGAACCAUUCGGUGAAAUUAGUAUUUUCCCUAUAUUAGACAAUACCCAAAAUAUAAUUAUGUAA